AUUAAGCUGAUAUGAACGUACACGUAAUAUUUCUAUCCGUUAUCAUACAAUUACCGAACAAAGUAUAUUCCAUGGCUGACACAUGUCCAUCGAACUCACGGUUUAUAAUGAAUGGGUUACUGUGCGUGUGCAACCGCGAAGGCGCCUGGAGCCGAGUGAGCUGCAGCCUCAUCGGUCGUCGCGAGCCGUGCGCGCCGGCCGAGGUGCACCGACAUGGCUGCUCGCGCUGCACCUGCCAUCGGGGAAACUUAAUAUGCGAUCACACACUAUGCCCCGUUGAGAGCGCGACUCUUACUGCUUCGUCCAAUCUCUCGUACUUCGGCCCGUCGUGCAGUCCGUUUAGGUCCUACUACUUCAACUGCAGCCUUUGCGUCUGCCCGGCCUCGGGAAAAACCUCCGAAGCCCAGUGCAUCGUCGACCUGUCCUGCCCCAUGAUGGGUUCCUUGAAUAGAUCUCGGUCGUCCGUUCAGAACGUCUGUUUGGCUAACGUCAUUUACUUGUUUCCGUGUCUGCAAUGCCUCUGCUCCGAGAGGGGCACGUUCGUGUAUGAAAAAUGUGUCGAAAAAUGUUACAAGUCGAUCGGAAGAACUCCUCGUCGUUGCAUGCCCGGCUCGAUGUACAGAGUGAAUUGCAGCGUGUGUCGAUGCCCAGAAAAUGGCAUCCACGAUGAUAUUUUUUGUGUUAAAGUCGAAUGUAACGGCAAAACUACCCGGUCUAUCGUCCGAACUUUACCCGCAAAAGCUUCGUGCACUCCGCACGCAUUCACUGAACCCAUAUGCUACUACUGCGACUGUUCGCCGGACGGCGUCGUCGACGAUCGCUCGUGCAUCGAAAUCGAAUGUCCCAAAAUAAUACCCACGAGGAGAAAAUACACCAGCACCUGCUCCCCGGGCGAGGUGACUCCACUUUGCGUCGAAUGUUUCUGUCUCCGAAAUGGAAACAUAAGAAACGAGUUUUGCACCAGAAAUUGUUCCGAUCGAAAAAAAAUAGCGAUAUUAGAAACGAUUUUGAAGGAAAACUUUAACUUAAUCGACGACAAACGAAUUGUGAAAAUAAAGGAGAACGAGAAAUGCGAGCCGAACUUUUUAUAUUUGGAUGACAAUAGUAGAUACUGCUUAUGUCUCAAAGGAAACUCCUCUUCGAAAGCUUGUACGUUGUAUUACAGACACACUGUGGAGCCGGCGCCGCAUCAGUAUACCAAUGUAGAAAUAGACUAUAACGCGUCUUGCAAACCUAUUACACUAGUGGAAUUCGGGUGUAACGUAUGCUACUGUUCCAAAACGGGAAAAAUCGACCCAAAGUGGUGUACGAUAGAUGACUGUGAGGCUAUAAAAAAGACUCAAGAAUCACACUGGUCGUAUCCUGUUAAGGUACCUUCGGCCGAAUCCAAAUCGACGUGCGAACCUGGAGCAAUAUCGAGAAUGCAAUGUAAUUUUUGCAUAUGCCCAGAAAAUGGACUCUCCAAGGACAGGGUGUGCACCAAAAAUUAUUGCGAGCAACACCAGUCCGUGUCCGAUGAUGCAUUCGUUUGUGAUCCGUUGGCGUACUACAGGGUGGACUGCAACGUGUGCCUUUGUCCGAAGGACGGGUUAAAGAAUGUAGCCAAGUGCACUAAGAACGUUUGCGAAAGUAAUUUCUUAAGAUCGGACCUCUCCUGUACGCCGGGACAUCUGUUUGUCGAGGAUUGUAACAUAUGCGUCUGCCCAAUCAGUGGCAAAAAAGAGGACACGGCUUGCACGAAUCACGCCUGUGAAAAAAGAUCUUGGAAGGUCUUAAAAGCAGCGAACGUGCACAUGAGUCCAAUGAAUUUGAAACGCAAUCUAGAUGUUUGUUUCCGGGGAGAGGAGUUCAUCCAGGGCUGCAACCUAUGCUUGUGUCCUGAGGACGGAUUUAAGAACUACGCCAUUUGUGAAGACAUGGCUUGUGAUCAAGAAAGUCCAUACCAAAAUUUUACAACUGCUUUAGUAACGGAAAAUUGACUAGCUCAGAAUUUUUGGUAUUGGAAAGAGGAUCUUUGGCAAAUGUUUCUACGACGUCCCAGUCGACAGAUGUUUCAUCCACGACACUGCAGGACAAUUCCACAUUAAAUUCGACAGAUUUGUCAUAACAUGUUGUUUCAUUAACAUUUUUCACAACUUCUG